GAUGUGUGGUCAGGAAUGGACAAACAUUUUGCAAGGCAAUGACUAACUGACCCACUUAACUUGCUGUCCAAAUAUCAAUAUCCUCCUCUUCUCCACAGGCUCCACUCGUGGAUUUUUCUACAGGCCUCUCUUUCUCUCCUCCUUUCUCCUCCAUGGCAUUAUCACUGCACCUAUCUCUCUCCCACAAAAAUUUCUCGAACCCCUUUGCUUCCUUCUCCCCCACCACUAAACUACCGACAACAAUACACAUAAACAGCCACCUGCUUAAAUCAAUACACUCAAAGCCUUACCACAUACAAAAGUGUCAUGCAGUUGCAGAUGCCCCAACGGCCAUUCCUCCUUCACUUGAUGCAGAAGAUGAUGCUCAUGGGGUUCUUAUCGGUCCCUCUAGUGAGGAGGAAAGGAGAGAGGAUGGGGCGGUGGUAGACUAUAAUUGGACAGAAGAGUGGUAUCCGCUUUACCUCACCAAGGAUGUGCCAGAUGAUGCACCACUAGGUCUUAAUGUCUUUGAUAAGCAGUUAGUUUUGUAUAAAGAUGGCCAAGGUGAGCUGCGAUGUCACGAAGAUCGGUGCCCUCACAGGUUGGCGAAACUAUCAGAAGGUCAGUUGAUCGACGGAAGACUUGAAUGUCUAUACCAUGGUUGGCAGUUUGAAGGGGAGGGAAAAUGUGUAAAAAUACCUCAGCUUCCUGCAAAUGCUAAAAUUCCUCAGUCAGCUUGUGUUAAGACAUAUGAGGUGAAGGAAUCACAAGGAGUUGUUUGGGUAUGGAUGUCACUAAAGACACCACCAAACUUUAAGAAGGUUCCCUGGUUUGAGAACUUUGCCAGGCCAGGAUUUCAAGAUACCUCAACCAUUCAUGAGCUUCCAUAUGAUCACUCCAUACUGCUUGAAAACCUCAUGGAUCCGGCACACAUUCCAAUCUCACAUGAUAGGACAGACUGGACUGCCAAAAGGGAGGAUGCCCAGGCACUGCGAUUUGAGGUGACUGAACGCACCCAUCGAGGUUUUGCAGGGAGGUGGGGCAAGGAAAAGGAUCAAAAACUGCUAAGCUUCUUACGGUUUCAAGCUCCGUGUGUUCUAUCCAACGACAUAGAAUUUGCAGAUGAGAAGGGGGUGACACAGUACUUCACUGGCCUUUUUCUUUGCAGACCAACCGGACAAGGAAAAUCCAUGAUCAUUGUCAGGUUUGGAGCAACAAAAAGACCUCAAAUGGCAAAGGUGAUCCCUAAAUGGUACUUCCAUCAAAAUGCGUGCAAAAUCUUUGAGCAAGACAUGGGAUUUCUGUCAUCACAGAAUGAAGUUUUAAUGAAAGAAAAGGUUCCAACAAAGGAAUUGUACAUUAAUUUGAAGUCAUCAGAUACAUGGGUAGCUGAAUACAGGAAAUGGAUGGACAAAGUUGGACAUGGAAUGCCUUAUUAUUUUGGCCACAACACCAUUUCUUUGCCAGAAGUACCUGCUGUUGUAGAACAUGCACCAGCUGGUCUUGUUGCUGGAGUUUCAGCUUCUUCACCAGCAAAAGGUGGGAUUGGAACAAUGCACGCACCCAAUGUGAACAACCGAUAUUUCAGACACGUAAUUCAUUGCAAGGGAUGCACUAGUGUAGUAAAAAAUUUCCAAGCUUGGAAAAAUGCCCUCUCUGCAAUUUCUGUUGCAUUGACUGCAUUGGCCAUUCUAGCAUCUGGUAGGCAAUGGAAGACCUUUCUCUUAGUAUCAGCAAGUCUGUGCUUAGCUGGAGUUUAUGCAUGCUCAACUGCAAUUGCAAUGAACACAACAAACUUCAUAAGAACACACAGGAGAUUGUAAGCGAAAAAGAUAGUCAUAGCACCUCUUGUAAGUUCAUAUAAUUUCAGGUCAGGAAGAUACAAGGAAGUAUCAUUGUAUCAAUUCUCUAUCCAUGAUCUCAAGAUUUUUUCUUGGACUCUUCCUUUUAUAGGCACCUAUCAUGCUUUUUCAAUUAAUGAGAAGGGAUGCUUUUCUGUAA